UGACACUCCCUCCGAGAGCCACACUUCCUCCUGCACUUUGCUUCCGAAGGCGGCUCCUGUCUGAUUCCCCCCACGUCGACCCAAAAGCAAAGAUCCCCCCUGACUGAGCCACUUGGAGUGGUGGAUCCGAUUCGGUGACAAUGAACAUUGAACAUGAAAUCAGCCUUUUAGUUGAAGAGAUUCGGCGACUGGGGACUAAAAAUCCUGAUGGGGCAUUGAGUGUGAAGUUUGGAGUGCUCUUUGCUGAUGAAAAAUGUGCCAACCUUUUUGAAGCUUUAGUGGGGACUCUUAAAGCUGCAAAACGGCGAAAGAUUGUUAGUUAUCCUGGAGAGCUGCUUCUGCAAGGAGUUCAUGACAAUGUUGAUAUUUUGUUACUGCAGGACUAGCUCAGCUAGAUUCUUAGCUACAUGGCAUUAUCUUUUUUUCACGUAAAUUCUUUUCGGACCAAGGCAUAUUUGCAUGAAGGUGUAUUUUUCCUAUAUAUCUUUAUAAUAAAAACAAAUGUAUUUCUUUGGGGGGCUUAAAAAAAACUUUGAAUUUAUUAUUACAAAUGCUUGUUGAAUCAAACAGUGGAACAACCCCCCUUUUUAUCUCAGGUAUUGCAUUUUAAAUUGUCUGAAUUGUUAAUGUUUGAAAAGAAGAUUUUACUAAUAAGUUAGCUGUGUAUGCAAUCUACAAUCUACUGCAAAAGUUAAAAAGAGAUGGCCAUGUCUAUGGUUUGUGUGUGUCUCCCCCCCCUCGCUUUUAUUUCUCUGCUAGUUACAGAGUUGCUCUAGGCAAACUGAACUAACCAAAAAGAACUAGAAAUACAUUAACUUGAAACUCAGUAUUAGAAUAGAAAUUUCUCACAUGUGACAUGCUUCUAAUACACAGCAGCCUCAUGUGAUGUGUCUCUUCCUGAACUUUUAACACUUUGGAGGAGUAUAAAGCUUUUAGGUUUCUCCGCCUUGGAGUGAGGCCAGAAAGACAAGAUAAUUGCCAUGACAUUUUCAUUGUGAAUGACUGCAGCGUGGGAGGAUUUUACUCACUAAAUAUUACCUAUAACUUGACUGGGAAGGUAGGCAAGCCAGAUCUAUUUUCUCCUGGGACAGAGGUGUUAAGUCUCUUUCAGCCCAAGGACUAAAUUUAAUAUUGGAGAAACUCUCUGGGUCUGCAUUCCAGUGGCUGGCAGGGCUGAAGGUAAAAUGGAGAGGAGUCAAACUACGAAAAAUAUUUUCACUUGAAUCUCUUACUGCCAGUAAAUAAGCUUUAGGUAAAGCAUUUUAGAAUGGGGUGGGGGGGAUGAGCAAAAGCUGGGAAGCCAUUGAACUAUUAGUGCUCAGGGGAAGGGGGCGUGACAAUCUGGAGAACUUUAAAGGCCUUAUUGGAAGCCCAGGUGGGAUGGAAUUACCUAAGGUGCUGCUCCCCUGCCCUAGGGGAAAUCGAGUGGACAACCACAGACUGCAGUAAGCCACCUAAUUGCUGUUAAGGUAAGCCCAGGUCUUCUUGGUUAGUCCUGCUUUGAGAAAACAGAAUAGUAUAAAGCAGCUUUCCAGCUGAGAGCCCCCUCCCUCCUGCUACCAACUGUCUCUGCAGAGGCCACCAGUGAGGGAGGAAGCAGCAGCCAGGCACCUCUCCACCGUGCCUGGGUCCAGCUCCAGCUGAGAGCCCCCUCCCUCCUGCUGUCACCUGUAACUGCUGAACUUUCCAACUAAGAUUGUAGUGCCUGAAUUUCCUUUCCUUUCCCCGCUCC